AUGUCGCACUUAGAUCAUGACCCGUAUUUCCAGUGCGAUAUGAUAUACUGCAUCGAUAGUAUUUCCGAAGUUGCUAUGCACGACAAGCAUCACAGCCGAUUUUCCGACAUAACGAGAGUGAAGGUUUCUGCGUCACAGCUCAACAUUUGGUUAAGGAAAGAGUGCCACUACUCCACAUUUCAUGGUUAUGUGUUUCGAGUUGUUCCCGAUUCUCCCACAUCUUUGAAGAAGAAGGCAGAGAUAAUAAUCGAGGAACUUGUGAAUCCAAGCGUUGGAUUCUCUACAGAUCUUUCUAUUUGGGGAUGGGAUCAACGGAGAACGGUAUGGGUCUCAGUGAUGACUGAGGUACGUCAUCGUCUCAUUAACAGAUGACG